AUGGCUUCCAAAGCACUCCCCUCCCGUGGAGGCCCGGACAGCAAGGCCAUUGCUACUGGUCCUCCUAACCAAACGCUCUAUUGUACCAACCUACCCGAUAAGCGACUCUGCAAGAACGACCUUCGAACCUCGCUCUACACACUUUUCUCCACCUACGGCACCGUGCUUGAUGUCGUGGCGAUGAAGACCAGCAAAAUGAGGGGCCAGGCCCACAUCGUCUUCAAAGAUGUCCAGGCGAGUACGCAAGCCCUGCGGGCUUUACAAGGAUUCGAAUUUUUCGGGAAACAAAUGAAAAUCGUGUAUGGCAAGGGCCAAUCAAAUGUCAUCGCUAAGCUCCGUGGCACUUACAUUGCGCCCAAAGACGAUGUCCCCGUUCCCGUCUCGACAGAUCUUCAAAAGUCCAUCUUCAGUGGCCCUCCAGGCACCCUUCCGGCACGGCCACCCACCGAGGCCGGAGAAGGCCAAGGUCUGAAACGAGCACGCGAGGAGGAGAGUGACGAUGAAGGGGCUCCUAUGGAUGAGGACAGUGAUGUGCCGAUGGAAGCGUCUUCGGAUGAAGAUUAA